UCCAAUCACGUCGCUCCCUGGCUGUAUAAAAGCUCCUCGCUCAGAGAGACCCCACAUGAUUGAGCCAUGGCCUUCCUGUGGAUCCUCUCCUGCCUCGCCUUCGCCGGCGCCGCCUACGGUUGCGGCUCUCCCGACAUAUCUCCCGUCAUCUCGGGUUACUCUCGUAUUGUGAACGGCGAGGAGGCGGUGCCUCACUCCUGGCCCUGGCAGGUGUCCCUGCAGGAUUCCACCGGCUUCCAUUUCUGCGGCGGCUCUCUGAUCAACGAGAACUGGGUGGUGACGGCCGCCCACUGCAACGUCAGGACGUCCCACCGCGUGGUCCUCGGAGAACACGACCGCUCCUCCAACUCUGAGAACAUCCAGGUCAAGACGGUCGGCAAGGUGUUCAAGCACCCCCGCUACAACGGCUUCACCAUCAACAACGACAUCCUGCUCAUCAAGCUGGCCAGCCCCGCCCAGCUCAACACGCACGUGUCCCCCGUGUGCUUGGCCGAGACCGGAGACAACUUCCCCGGAGGCAUGAAGUGCGUGACCAGCGGCUGGGGCCUGACCCGCUACAACGCUCCCGACACCCCCGCCUUGCUGCAGCAGGCCUCCCUCCCCCUGCUGACCAAUGAGCAGUGCAGUCGUUACUGGGGCAACAAGAUCACCAACCUGAUGAUCUGCGCCGGAGCCGCCGGGGCCUCCUCCUGCAUGGGCGACUCCGGUGGUCCUCUGGUCUGCCAGAAGGGCGGAGUCUGGACUCUGGUCGGUAUCGUGUCUUGGGGCAGCGGAACCUGCACUCCCACUUCCCCCGGCGUUUACGCCCGCGUCACCGAGCUGCGCUCCUGGGUGGAUCAGAUCCUCGCUGCCAACUGAGCAGAAAGCUUUCAGCUCCAUCCUGAUCAUCAAUAAAACACAGAAACCCUGAAA